AUGUCUGGCAACAACGGCAGUGAUGACACUCCAAGCAGCUUCACUCCCGACCCAAAUGCUACCUCAGCGACUGAUCUUGACCAGGCAGUCGUCCGGCACUUGACCUUUUGGAGGAACGGCUUCCAAGUUGAAGAUGGUGAAUUAAUGUGGUACGAUGAUCCCGAAAAUACAGCCAUCCUGGAAGCGAUAAAUGCUGGGUAUGUUCGACAUCCCCCUCUCGAACCUCGUCUUCUGGGUUUUAGCGUUGAUGAAAUCGUAGCCGUGCUCCACCGUCCAUCUUCAACGUUCUCGACGGGCAAAUCGUCGAGGUACGCGUCGCAAAACGCAUAA